AUGUUAAAUAUGUCUAUACAUGAUAGUAGAAUACUUGAUCUUAAUGUACAAAUUUCACGAGAACUAGACGAAAAAAAAAUUUAUGCACCGCUCUAUGAUAAAUAUAAGCGAAAGAAAAAAGAAAAUCAGGCUGCUAAUAAUGCUAAUUCAUCAUCAACUGAUGUUGGAGUUAUUCGAAUUGGCCAUUAUAUUCUUAAUGAAACAUUAGGAACAGGAAGCUUUGGAAAAGUUAAAAAGGCCUAUCAUCAAUUAACUAGACAUACAGUUGCAAUAAAAAUUGUUAAUCGUACUAAAAUAAAACAAUUAGAUGUUGUCGGAAAAAUUCGAAGAGAAAUUCAAAAUUUAAGACUUUUUCGACAUCCACAUAUAAUUAAAUUAUAUCAAGUAAUUAGCACUCCAACCGAUAUAUUUAUGGUUAUGGAAUACGUAUCUGGUGGAGAAUUAUUUGAUUAUAUUGUUAAAAAAGGAAAAUUAAGUGAAGCGGAAGCGCGACCAUUCUUUCAGCAGAUUAUAUCUGGUGUUGAUUAUUGUCAUCGACAUAUGGUGGUUCAUCGGGAUCUUAAACCUGAGAAUCUUCUUCUUGAUGAUGCAUCUCAUGUAAAAAUAGCAGAUUUUGGUAGGUUAAAUAUUCUAAUAGGUGACUUAUAAUAAAUGAUCCCACUUACCAUUUUAUAUUCACUAAUGAUGUUUUAUUAAAAAAAACACAAUGUAUCACAAGAUACUGUGUGAAAAGCUCUAGAAAACAAAUCUUAUUUUAAUUGUGCACAUUUUGUUUUCAAAAUAAGCAAAACUAUAUGCGACUGAUUUUCGAUAUUUGCGAACAUUAUAAUUUUUCUUAUUUCAUUAGUUAAUGAAUCAUAGUUUUAACUUUAUCUGAUUGCAUAUUAUUGAUAAUAGGAUCUCGCAUGUAAUGAUUCAGAACAUUGAGAUCAAGACUACUCUAGUGGACAUAUGUGUGAUUUUGUCUAUAAAAUCUAUGAAGUUUUCGUCACAUGAUGUCUGAUGCGUAAAAGAUGCUUGAAGAGUUUUUAGACAAGAUGCUUUGUUCACUUUUGACCCAUUAGAAAGAAUUUCCGAUGCGUAAAAAGUUAAGAAUUAGAAUGCUCUUUUCGAAUAUGGGCUUAGAAAUGUUGUCCUAACUUUUGUUGAAGAAUAGUGAAAUGAUCUUUAAAAAGAUCAAAAAAUUAGUUUAGACGGAAAAUUUUUGUAUUUUUGCUCAAUUCUCAUUUUUUGAAAAAUACUUAUUUCUGAAAAAUCAAUAAUUGUUUUACGUUGAAAGAAGCUCUUAACAAAAUACUCGUUGUCUCACUUGGGUAAAAGUUACAUCUUAGUUCAAUAUCACAUUUUGUAGAGAAAUGUCCAUUCUACAAAACGACCGACUUUGACAAUUUUUCUCAUGUUCGAAAAGAGACUUAAAGAGUAAACAAAAUCGUGUUGACUCAUUAUUUUCAGAUCCUUCACUACUUCCGAACGAAAAUAGGCACAAUAUUUCUAAGGCCAUACACAAAAAGAGCAUUUUAACUCAUAGCUUUUGGCUCGUCGGCGAUAUUUUCUUGUGGAUCAGAAGUGAACAAACAUCUUUUCUAAAAAUUAUUCGAUCACCCUCUAUGCGACGUGACGUUGUCUUUGUGACUGGUAAAACAGUCGUUGAUGAGCUGUCUUACCUUCAUAUUGUGCUUGUAAAAAACAACUUCGAUAUAUUUUUCAUGUUAUAAUGUUUUAUCAGAUUUAUAUAUCAUGAAAGAUGAAAGAGCACUUGAAGAUGCACUUAAAUAUAUCAGAAUUUCGUUUUCGAUAUUAAGUUCUUUGGUUUAUAUUUCGUUGUUUACUUGCUUCUUAUCAUCAACUCACCGUAUAGACAUGUUAGGUGUGUAUGAGUAUUUUGUGGAACUCACGUAUAUUUUCGAAGAAAAUAGUGAGUGUAAGUUUUAAGUUCGAGGUUUUGCGGCUCCCCCCCCCCCCUCU